ACACAUACAAACAUUUCACUCUUGCUUAUACUCCUGACAAACCCUCUUACACUACGUUUCUACUAAUAUACUCAUUCACAUACAAGCACACUGACAUACACACACACUCUCUCUCUCUCUCCCUUUCCGUCUCACACAACUCUCUCACUCGUAUAAGCUCUCUCUCCCUCUCUUACUCACAACACAUGCGCUCACUCUUACAAACACUCUUCUACAUACACUCCCAUAAUACAGACACACACACUUUCACGCACUCACUCCCGUACACACGCUGUAACACAUGCGAGCGAUAGCAAUACAAACAGCGAUGAGAAGUUAUUUUUUUAAAUUUGUAUUUUUAUGAAGCUGUCCCAGUCAGAUCCUACAAGUGUGCGUUGUACAUGUACACAAACGCGUGUUGUAUAUAAUACAUACAUAUAUAACAUUUAUACUCAUACAAACGUGUGUAUGUGUCUCUAUGUAGCGUAUUUCUCAGCCUGUUCUCUCUUAUUUCUCAAAACAAGACAACGAACAACCAGCCAAGUUGCUACAACAGGACAGUGGAAGUGACACACUGUUGGAAUGUCGCCCGGAGUAAUAGCCCGGGCCACUAAAGCGGUCACUGCUCACGUGAAGGAGCUAAAGGGAAAGUCCAGUAGUAAUAGUGGGAGCAGUGGUAGUAAUAAUAAUUGUAACGGUAGUAGUAGUUGUAAACCUGAGUAUGGACCUAUUAAAAGCCGUGAUAAUAUACCAUCAGAUAUGAUCCAUAACUUCAAUACAAACACCACGUACAAACGAGGGAAAUUACUUGGGAAGGGAGGCUUUGCACAAUGUUAUGAGUUAAUCGAUUGCAAUACAAAUAUAGUAUAUGCUGGAAAGAUUAUCCCACAUUCACGGAUAGCAAAAGGAAAUCAAAAACAAAAGAUCCUACGUGAGAUAGAACUACACAGAAACCUGAAACACAAACAUGUUGUAGAAUUCCAUAGUUACUUUGAAGAUAGUGAUAAUGUCUACAUCAUUCUGGAGAAUUGCUCACGAAAGAGUUUGGUCCAUGUUCUGAAGAAUCGUAAAUGUUUGCAAGAACAAGAGGUACGUUACUACGUCAGGCAACUGAUCGAAGGUGUGAAGUACAUUCACAAGAACAAAAUCAUCCAUAGAGAUUUAAAACUUGGUAACAUGUUUUUAAACAAAGACAUGCAAGUAAAGAUUGGAGAUUUUGGCUUGGCAACUACCGUGAACCAUGAAGGUGAAAAGAAAAUGACAGUUUGUGGAACCCCAAAUUACAUUGCUCCUGAAGUAUUAUCCAAAAAGGGACACAGUUAUGAAGCAGAUAUUUGGGCCAUAGGUUGUAUUUUGUAUGCAUUACUCGUGGGACGACCACCAUUUCAAACUUCUACCCUCGUAGAGACCUACUUCCGCAUCACAGCCAAUACAUAUACCAUUCCAGCAAACAUAUCUCCAGCAGCAGAAAAACUUAUCAGUCGAUGUUUACAUGCAUUGCCAUCAAUGAGGCCAUCACUCGACGAAAUUGCUGCUGAUGAAUUUUUCACCAGUGGUUAUAUUCCAAAAUCAUUGCCACCUACCGUCUGUUCAUCAGCUCCUAAAUUCCCUGAUCACCCAAAACCUGCAAGACCAAUGUCUUAUGCUGACCUUGAAAACCAAGUUGACAAUGUCAAGGUAAUUACAAAUACAUUGCACAAUAUGAAAGCUGAUUGGGAGGUAACUGCACAGAAACAAGAGCACAAGCCUGCCAUUAGAGAAACAGUUUGUGAUAACUUAGUACCAACAUCAUCUAAUAAUCGACACUUCGAUCUCUCAUCCUUCAGUUUGAAUGCAACAGUUUUAUUAGAAGUCUUAGAAAGUUGCAUUGAAAGUCCCAUCAAAGAAACAAUAUCAGAGGAUCAUAUCUCUUCAAUUCAUCUGAACUCUCAGGAUGUAGUUUGGGUUACCAAGUGGGUGGACUACACGAAUAAAUAUGGUUUCGGCUUCCAGCUAUCUGACAAUUCUAUUGGAGUGUUUUUCAAUGACACUUCACGAAUUGUCAUUGCACCAGACCAAAGGUUAAUACAGUAUAAUGAUGUGACAGGCAAAGAGUCAAGGUAUCCAAUUGACUGUGUCCCUCCAAAGCUAGAAAAGAAGAAAAAGCUCCUUUUACUCUUUGCUCGUUACAUGGAUGAAUAUCUCAUCAAGGGAGGAGAAUUCACUGAUUAUUCAGUGUUAACUGAUUCACCAAUGGCUGGUUUAUAUCUGAAGAAAUGGUUUCGUACUCCCAGAGCUAUCCUUAUGUAUCUCAGCAAUGGCACCCUACAAGUUAAUGUUUUGAGUGACCACACCAAGAUUAUUAUUAGUUGCAAUCAGAACAACUACUUCGUCACUUACAUUGACAAAAGACGGCUUGCUCACACAUACAGUGUAGUUUCUAUCAUGAAGAACAGCUGCCAACCAGAGCUAAAGGAACGUUUACAGUUCACUCAUAAUAUGUUGGAACAUUUGAUCAACAGUGAAGGUGAAAGCAUCUGAUCUUGGUCAUUGGUACCUAUGGAAAAAAUAAAUUUCAAAUAUAGAAGGAAGAUUGAAAGAAAAAAAUAUACAAAUAGAUGAAUAAAUGAAACAGCAAUCGGAAAUUUCAUUCAAACACAGUUUAAAAGUUAUUGCUUAGUUUAACAGGACUGAAAGUCAGUGAUAUAUUAUUUAAGUAUUUUCUAUUGAAUAAGAAUAAUAAUUAAUAAUUACAAUACUAAAAACAGUGAGCUGGCAGAAUCAUUAUCACACUGGACAAAAUGUUUAGUGGUAUUUCUUCCAGCUUUAUGUUUCAGAGUUCAUAUUCCACCAUGGUCAGCUUUGCAUUUCAUCCUUUUGGGGUCAAUAAAGUAAGUAACAGUUGAGCACUGGGGCCAUGUAAUUGACUAACACCGUCCCCAAAAUUUCAUACCUUGUGCCUAUAGUAAGUAGAAAGAAAUAAUAACAAUUAAAACAAUGAGGUUAAUGAAAGAUGUAUAUAAUGUUAGUAAAUUAAAUUAUGUUAAUUAGUCCUUAGCUUAAUGUUUCAAUCUUUAACAAAAAUUCAUAGACAUAGAUACAAUGGUUCAAUGACACGUUAAGCUUGCAUUAGCUUGAAUCUGAUCAUAAAUGCCAAUUAAGCAGGCUAAAAAAAAAAAAUUCUGAAAAUUUCGCUGUAAUGCCAACUGUAUGCAAUCUGCAACUACAGUGUGCAAACUGUAUAUAAUGAUUGUUAUUGCAAAGAUAUAUAUAUAUAUUUAUAUAUAUGUAUUCCACUGUUAUUUGUAUUAUAAAUUCAAUAACCAGCUAAAGGAGAGCAGGUAUAAUUUAUCAUACCUCCUCUCUCUAUCUUUUAAAUUUAUCAAUUUUUAUCUCGUUUAGCCCACCGUCAUAUCUCUCAAGCUGUCUCCUUCAUUCUCAUUCCUUCCCUACUUCUAUUUUUUUUUUCCUCUUUUGAUUUCUUGUACCUCUCAGGGUCACCAUAACCUCUUACAUUCCGUUCACAUUUAGUGUUACACAGCUAAUCUUCCUCUAAGCUCCAGUCUUUUUCUCUGUAAACAUUUCCCAACUGUCCUUCAAAAAAUGUUCGCAUUUAUUUCUCAAACCUACUCUACUAGAUUCAAUACACAACUUUGUGUGUGUGUGUGUGUGUGGGUGAUGAUUUUUAUAUCAUAAUGGGUGACAGUUACUUCUCAGAGGAGUUUCCUAGCUGCUUGGCAAAAUUUAUUACUGUCACCCUUUAUAAUAUAAAAAAAAUACAUGUAUCUACUCUAUAUUGUGUAUUGAAUUCUACAUCAGAUAAUGCUGCGGUAAACCAUUCAUCCAGGUAUGUUAAUCACUCACAUUACUACAUAAGUAUAUAUAUAUAUAUAUAUAUAUAUAUACACACACACACACACACACACACACACACACACACACACACACACACACACACACACACACAGACAUACACAAACACACACACACACACAGACAUACGCAAACACACACACACACAGACAUACACAAACACACACACACAUACACACAAUAUCUAGUGACUGACUGAUUAAAU